AAGCCCUGCGUGUCCCUUGACUGUAUUUGCCACAGCGAUAAUCGGCCCCUUGUCCAGCGACAUGCUGCUUCCCUUGGCAGCGCAUAAGCCUGAUGCGGGGCGGACAUUUGCGCUUAUCUUGGCGACGUGGAAGUCACCUCUUGGCCCGGUCAAACUCGAUGCGAAUCACAACAUAUUUAACCCCACUCCGUUUCUGCACGACGCCUGUCAGCAGGCGCCUUGCUUUGAGCAUCCCUUCCGCCUCCCCUUACCUCCACUGCUUCUUCAUUUAUACGCAUGCCAUGAUGCCAUCACCCAAGGACUCGUUUUUCGGCGUAGACAGCAAGCAAAGCGCGCACCCCUACGACGAACCCACACUAGGCACAGACGGAGCGAUGGGCCACGACUACAGGGAUAUGGCGGGACCAAGCAGAGAGCUCCCGCCAGCGUACACAGAACAUGACCCCCAGUCCCACGCUGCUGCGGCCGGGCCGCCGAUGCUUCCUCAGCGCAACACAGCCCCCCUGUUCUACAUGGCACCACCUGCGCCGCCCCACCGUGUAGCUACCAUGUCCCCGCUGGUGCCGCCUCUGCCGCAACGCUCCACAUCCACCCGCUCAAUGCCAGUGUCUAUCUCCCCGAGCAACACACCAGGGCCGACAUUGGCACCAUCCUCAACUCACAUCACCGAUGCGUGGUCGACGGUGCUGGACGGUACUGAAAUCGAGCUCAGGAGCCCCAAGGAGCUGCUGGCCACCCACGUGUUUGACUGUUCGCGGCCCAUCUUUAUCCACUCGACCUUGGAGUCGAGAGCCAACCUGACCAUUAUCGCAGACACAGAGCUGGCGAACCAGGACAGCGUCCGUGUGGUUGCCCACCUGGUAGGAAAGUCGUCGGGGAUCCAGGACAGAGUCAAUGUUGCUGUGCAAGUAAAUAAGAACGGCGAGUUCGACUUUUGGGUCAGCACCAGCGGGACGUUUUGGAGCAAACCGCCGCAGUGCCAGAUCACCGUGUACAUGCCGCCGACCGUGGUGCGUCCUCACCCAGGGAUCCGCGCUGAGACGCCGUGCGGACGCAUUGAGAUGACUGCAGUCAGCAAUAUCGAUUUUGAGUACCUUCGGCUCUACUCGAAUCUCUGUGAAAUCUCCCUGUCAAACAUCACCUGCCGGUCGGCGCUGCUGGUUACAGGCAGUGCCAAAAUCGAUGUGAGCAACUCCAAAAUCACCGAUGUCCUAAAGGCCCACACGGUGGCCGACACGCUGGCUUUUGAGAACCUGGCUGCCGGCACCAUAUUUGCCAUUACAACCAAGGGCGCUGUGUCGAUGACCAACAUCACUGCCGGCAGCAUCACCGCCGAGACAUCCAGCAGUAACAUCAAGACGCAGAACGUCAACGCCGGCACUGCCUUCUUCAAGACCAACGGGGCCACCAUUGAUGUCAACGGUAUCAAGGCCAAUUCGCUGCGCAUCGCCACCAGCGACUCGCGGAUUGAGGGCAAGUGGACAGUCAGGGACAUGCUCGAUAUCAGCACAACCAAGAGACGCAUCGAGGGAUCCGUCGAGCUGACCGAGCCCCACCUGCCGGUCAAGAUGAGAUUUAGCACCACCGAUGCCCGCAUCAACGUCACACUGCCUGGCAACAGCUUCCGCGGCAUCGUCGAUGCGCGGACCGUCGACUCGUCAGUGUCGGUUGAGGUGAAGAAGAAGAAGCUCCGGGUCGUGCCUGAGCUCCACAAGCUGGUCGACGACAAGCCCUACAAGCGGGUAAUGGUUGGCAGCGGCGUGCACGACUUUGCCGCAACCACCACAAACUCCAAGAUUGAUAUAAAGCUUGCUUGAGCACCUUGACCUCAUUACACACCUAAUAUGCCAGAACACUUGGCGGAUCUGCCCAGAAUGUACGUGCUUGGCAUUUGCUUGAUUUAUCUGCGCUCUGUGCAGCAACCCUCCACUGCCGCUCGUGUCAUGGACAGGCGGAUGCUUGGCAUCCACCACAGGACAAUAAAUCGGGCAGCCGCCCACAUCACCUCUCCUCUACUGACCCCCA